CUAGUUCAUAAGGCAAUGGCGCCUAUUAAAGCGCCAAAGUUGGUUCUUUAUUCUACGAUGGCGCCUUGUACGAGUGCGGUGGAAAAAGUGCGGCGAGGUAGAAUUUGGGAAUAUGAGCUAGAAUAGCUAGAAUUCCAGCUCACAGUAGUGUGGCUACCGUGGCUGGCAGCCUUGUAAAUACGUCCUAAAUGCUUUAGAUGUUUGUGUCGACAGGUGUGUCGCAAUAUUGCAUCUUGUCACGACGGGAACAGUGUGUAUAAACGCAAUGGAAGAGGACUGGAAAGUGGAGUGCAGCGACGAUGAGAAAUACCUGUCGCAGCGCGAUGACCAUGGUGGUAGAAGCUGGGAGCCCAGUCCCGAGGACAUCAUCCGUUUGUACACAACUUUGGUCGAAAAAGGUACGCUCGAGCUCGAAUGGCGUUGCCCGGGCCGGCGUUCGCCGAGCGUCCACUCGAACGAGUCGGAAGGAGCGGAACGGCGCGCCGUGGAAGAGGACCAGACCAAGAUGUCCGAGCCAAACGAGUUCGACUUCGACGACGACGAGGGCCCGGACACCAGCUGCAGCCCGAAGAUCACGCCUCGGCGCCGAGCGGCGCCGGCUAGCAGUGUACAGAAGCGGGUCGCGAAAUUUGACAAGGUCGUUUUUGAUGUGCGCAGACAGCGCGAGCUCGAUGCCAUUGAUAAAAUCGAGCAGCGACAGCAGCCCCAGCAAGCGGAAAGCAGCUCGUCACCCAGCGUCAAGCGGUGAUGACGAGCCAUGAAAUCGGCGGGGACGUUUUGUUCUCGCGUCGCGCUGUGAUGACUUUCAGUCAAGUGCACACUCACUCUCGCAGUUUCGUGCUGUGUCUGAAUGCGUUGUGCAAAGCGCCACCAUCCUUUGCACUACUGAUUCGAGCGAAGCAACGCAUGCUGCUAAAUUGUCACCCGUCACCCCCCCCCCCCCCCUUUUUUUUUUCUUUAUUGUAUUCAUAUUUUAUAUGUGACGUAUGGAUAAAUUACGCGAUGCCAUUCGUACCUAGUGCUGCUCGAAUUUUUUGAUGCGUGUCGCUAAACUGAGACAGAAAGGUCGCUGAAACUGUCGCUAAACCUAUCUAGUGAAUUGUAAAUAACGCAGGCGUUUGGAACAGUGUAAAUUAGCUAGCAUGGUGUGAAUCAUCUACCAAAGCAUUUGUCGAGUGUCCGCGCAGGUGAGAAAUAAACAGUACAUUUAUUGCCAA